UCUCUCUCUCUAUAUACGAACCAAAUGUACAGUAAAGACUAGAAACUAAACUGAAGGACCCAAAUCAGUUCGAUCGAGUCUUCACCUUUUCUUUCCUUUCUCCCUCCCUCCCUCCCUCUUCCACCAUCUCUUUUGGGUGGAUUUGCUUCUCUUCCACCCAAAUCCGAUCUUGACUAGGGACCAAGAUUUGCAGCCGCGGCCAUGGGGGAUGUAGUCAAACAGAUCCUAGUCAAGCCGAUCCAGAUGGCGGAUAUGGUCGUCAAGGCCACGGACGAAGCAACCUCCUUCAAGACCGAGUGUGCCGAGCUCAAGUCCAAGGCUGAAAAACUUGUAGCCCUUCUUCGACAAGCCGCCAGGGCAAGCAACGACCUUUACGAGCGACCCACUCGCCGGAUUAUCGAAGACACCGACCAGGUACUCGAAAAGGCACUGCUUCUCGUUCAGAAAUGUCGUUCCAAUGGAUUAGUCAAGAGGGUUUUCACCAUGAAGUUGACGGCUGCCUUCCGCAAAAUGACGUCUCAGCUCGAGAAUUCAAUCGGAGAUGUUUCUUGGUUACUCCGCGUAUCUGCCCCUGCUGAGGAUCGAGAUGAUGGAUACCUUGGUCUUCCUCCGAUUGCGGCUAAUGAACCCAUCCUUUGUUUAAUUUGGGAACAGAUCGCGAUUCUACACACCGGAUCCCUAGAGAAUCGAUCGGACGCUGCUAACUCUCUCGUUUCUCUUGCCCGCGAUAACGAUCGGUACGGGAAACUCAUCAUCGAGGAGGGUGGUAUCGUACCGUUGCUUCGAUUGGUUAAGGAAGGCAAACCAGAAGGUCAAGAGAAUGCCGCAAGGGCGAUUGGGCUUCUAGGUCGUGACGAGGAAAGCGUCCAACGUAUGAUUCAGGCAAGUGUGGUUACAGUUUUCGCUAAAGUUCUGAAAGAAGGACCCAUGAAAGUUCAGUCCGUCGUCGCCUGGGCGGUAUCGGAGCUCGCCGAUCACUACCCAGAGUGCCAAGAUCUCUUCGCCCAGAACAACGUUGUAAUUCGCCUCCUCGUCAGCCAUCUAGCGUUCGAGACAGUACAAGAACACAGCAAGUACACCAUUUCCAACAACAAGUCCCUCCUCGCUGUUGUGGUCGCCAGUAACAAUCCCGACACAGUUCACAAGUCCAGUUUAAUCGACGUAGACGAUCUCCACAAUACCACCAGCAAAAUCCAGUUCCCUGCAGGUAAUAAUAAGCAAGAUACAAGCCGAAUGCAUCAAAUUGUAACCAAUACAAUGGCUAUGAAAGCUCAAUCCCAACCCCAAUCACAAUCCCAACCCCAAAGACCGUCAGGUAGCGGUGGUGGUGCAGCAGCAAUUCAAACUAAUCAAGCCACCCAUCAUAUCCAAAACCAUUCCCUCUCCGGGUUAUCUCAUUCCAAAGGAAGAGAACUAGAAGACCCUGCUACAAAAAACUACAUGAAAGCAAUGGCCGCCAGAGCCCUCUGGAAGCUCUCUAAAGGUAACUCAACCGUCUGUCGCAGCAUAACCGAGUCAAUAGCUCUCCUCUGCUUCGCAGUCUUACUGGAGAAAGGAACAGAAGAGGUUAGACACCACUCGGCCAUGGCUCUAAUGGAAAUCACAUCCGUAGCAGAAAUAGACCCCGAGUUGAGAAGAUCAGCAUUCAAACCCAGCUCCCCUGCUUGCAAAUCAGUAGUGGAUCAAAUGCUGAAAAUCAUUGAGAAGGCUGAUCCGGAGCUCCUAAUCCCGUGCAUUAGAGCAAUUGGGAACCUGGCAAGAACAUUCCGAGCCACAGAGACAAGAAUGAUAAGCCCGCUGGUGAAGCUACUUGACGAUACAGAAGUGGACGUGAUGAAGGAAGCGGCGGAAUCCCUAGCCAAAUUUGCCAGCAGUGACAAUUACCUGCACGUGGAUCACUCGAAGGCCAUUAUAAAUGCUGGUGGCGCAAAACAUCUAAUCCAACUGGCUUAUUUUGGGGAACAGAUCGUUCAGAGCCCAGCUGUUGUUCUAUUGUGUUACAUAGCUAUGCACGUACCAGAUAGCGAGGAGCUAGCAAAGGCGAAGGUGUUGAAUGUUCUUGAAUGGGCAUCAAAACAAGGACAAUUGGUGCAGGGUGAGACAUUGGAGAGGUUGUUAGUUGAAGCAAGAAGCAAGCUGGAGCUGUACCAGAGCAGAGGAUCAAGAGCAUUCCAUUGAAGUUCUGUUGGUUGGUUGGUUGUUUCUUCACUCCUUGUUAUUGGAUUCUUAUGGUGAUGAUGUCUUGAGUGUAGAUAGAAAGAAAGAAAGAAAUAAUGCUCUUUUCUUUUCUCUUCUCUUCUCUUCUCUUCUGUUCAUUGUUUGAUGAUGAUUAUUAAUCAAGUUAGUCAGUCAGGUCUCCUCAUGUGUUGUCUGCCUUUUUUUUCUCAAUUGAAAUGAUCUACUUUUGCAUAUCCCAUUAUUGUUGUUUGUUAUAUAUACUAGGAUGAUGAAUUUUGUAGCAACACAUGAAUCUCAAUAAAAUAUCAUUGUUCAUUGCU